ACCAUUCAAUUAGUUCUCUUUAUCCCUGCCGGUAUCAAGUCUUAGAGGCACUGCUGAGUCAAGACGAAGCAAGUUCUCACCAAGAUCCAAAGGAGAUACCCCUCCCAAGGGGUUAAAAGGACAGGAUGAAGACUUCAGUCCUGACAGGGCUCAUCCUGGUCUUUGCCAUUUGUUUCCCGUUCAGCGAGAGUCAGCCGUCACAGCGCCGGCCAAGAACAAAGACAAUCAAUAGUCGACCAGUACAAAGUCCGCCUGCCAGGACCUCACAAAAUAGAUCUCCAUCCACGCAAGUCAGUAGGAAACCUCAACCCCGUUCUCGUGCCUCUGCCUCUCCUGCCCUGCCACACAAAGCAGCCAGCCAAUUACCUUUAAAUCCUAGGACAUCAAGCAAAAAGAAAAAACCUGUCCUGACAUCAAAAAGGCAAAGUCUACAAGGCAGGUCUAAGAAAACUACAUUGACCUCUGCCAAGAAAGGCCUGACCCCCCUUCCAUCUGGUUUAACAAGACGAUAUACUCCACGGAGCACAAGUAAAACUCUAAAACAGCCGAAAAAAAAUCAGAAGACAACUGCCAAAAAACAGUCAAAACGGACAGCAGCAGCACCAAAACCAUCUCUAUCUGUAAAGAAAAGUCAAAAUGCAUCUAAAAAAAUCCUGCCCACCUCUGCCAAGAAGCAGCUGAAUCUCCCAAAAGUGGCUAAGGAGGCAUCAAAACAAACUUCAACUUCAAAGAAAAGUUCACAGAAGUCCAAGAAAAUCCAGGCUAGGCCUGCUAAGAAACGGGUAAAACAACGCACAACUAAAUCAACUCCCAAAAGAAAAGUAACUAAGAAGAAAUCUCACAAUACUAAAAUAACCGUGUCUGUAUCCAAAACACAAUCUAAGUCCACAGCAAUAAAAAGUUCCCCCAAAACUUCUUCAGCUCCAAAGAAAAGACCAACUAAAUCUCGUAAGACUCCGCCAUCACCUGCCAAGAAAAAACAGAAUCGGGCAAAAGCAGUUAAAGCAGCCCCCAAAAAAAGUUCAGCCAAAAAGAAAAGUCUAAAGAAACAAAAAAAUAAACAGUUAACGCCAGUCAAAAAAGGGCCAGCCACGGCAACAGCAACGAGAGCAGUAUUAAAAGUCAAAAAGAAAAAUCUAACCACACCUAAAAAGACAGCAUCUACAUCUUUCAAGAAAAAGCUCAAUCAGCCAAAAAAAGUUGCAACAAAAAAGAAAAUAUCUAAGGCCAAAAAUAAAGUGUCAAAGAAACCCAAAAACUUUACUUCACCUGCCAAGAAACAAGUGAAUCAACCUAAAGCACUGAAAUCAGUACUAAAAACAAAACCAGCCUCCAAGAAAAGACCAAAUAAAGUGAAAAGCUCCUCGUCUAAAACUGCCAAGAGGCAGUCAAAACAAACAAAAGGCGGCAAAUCUCCAGCUCUCAGAAAAACUCUGGCCAAAAAGAAAAGCCUAAAAAAAUCUAAACCAGCUGCUGGAAAACUACUCAAUGGGUCUAAAUCUGCUCAAGCCGGACCAAAAAGAUCUCCAGCCAAGAAGAAAAUUCAAAAGAAAUCUACACAGAAAAAGCCCACAGCAGGUAAAAGGACUGGGAAAGCAGUUCUUGUAAAGAGUAAAUCCAUAAAACCAUCUAAAAAAAGGCAGCCCACCUCUCGAACAGCAAAGAAGAGGCUAAGUAAAGCCAAAAAAAGACUGCCUAAACCUCCUAAGAAAGGUGUAAAUCAACUUAAACCCCUCAAAGGAAAAAAAAGACCACCUUCUGUAGCAGGCAAAACUGUAAAACAACCAAAAAAAAGGAAAUCUAUACUUGCCAAAAAAACCUUGAAAUCAUCUAAAUGCAAAGGAUCUAAGCCUGUUCAAAGUCCACAGAAAAAGUUCCCACAUAACAAAGUCACAAAACCAUUUCCAUUACAUGUACCACCUAAAUUCCAUCCCUAUCUACAACCAAAUCGACCACAUAAGUGUCCACUAACGGCUCAUCAGAUCUAUCCACUUCCACCAAAACCACGGCCAAGUGCCCAACAUCCCCAUGCAAACCAGCAGCAGCAUCACCGACCUCAUUUGUCUCAUAAGCCACUCUGUCGUAAACCAAAACGUCCCACAAGGCCAACAGGAACAGAAGACAUUACAACUGGUGGCCCGACCAAUGCAAUCACCACAACACCUGUAGCUGUUACUAAUUUAGCCACCAUCACUAGCACUACAGCCAAUAGCAAAAUGUCUACUUCCGUUGCCCCAACUAGUACAUCUGCCACGGCAACUAAGGGAUCAGAUGCAACCACCAGAACACCUGAAACUCUGGCUGCCACCACAGUCCAAGUGACAUCAACCACUAACUCAGCAACAGAUGCUGCCUCCACAACUGCCCCAGCACCCGAUUUUACCACGGAGAGCUCAGAAGCUGAAACAAACACAGCAGAAGACGCCACUCUCCCAGCAACAGAUGGUUCCACCACUCAGGUUGUCACUACAACUUUAGCAAACACACCCCCUGCUACUGUUGCCACCACGACUGCAGCCACAACCCCCACACAUGUUGGUACCACAAGUGCAACACCCCCCAUAACUCUAGGGAUUGGUGCCACUAGCACUGGUGCCACCGCAUCAUCACCCAGUGCUACCACAACUCUUGCUUCCGCUACCACAGAAAUACUCGGAACUUCUACCACUGCUUCUAGUUCUGUCACAAUGACAGCUUCACCUGGUGCCACAACCGCAGCUGCACCAAGUUCUGCAACCACAGUUGCACCAAGUUCUACAACCACCAGUGCACCUGGUACUGCCACCGUAGCUGCCUCAAGUUCUGCCACCCCACCAGUGGCUGAGACGACCACUGAACCAGCCGAUGACAUAACCACUGAAGCUACUUCCCCGGUGAGUGAGGAAGUCACUGAAACAGCUGAUGACACAACCACUGCAGCUGCCACCACAACUUCACUGAGCGAGGUAACAACUGGGGCAACGGACUCCACAACCCCAGAAACAAACUUUUCACUCACUGCUACUACAACUGCUGGAUCCUCAAACCCAACAUCUGGGGGAACAAUCACCACCACAACUGCAGCAGCCUCUUCAACCCCAGGACUGGAUGUGACCACCAAUGGUCCAAUCACAACCUCAGCUACCAGUGUUACAACUGCUGCUGCUGGCACAACCAUAGCAGGUGCUACUACUUCCACCCCUGUGACUUCAGCCUCCACUGCUGAACCAGCUGUGCUGACCAGUGUGGGUGAAACAACCACUCAGGCUUCUGGAGCAACAACCCCAGAGGAUGAGGCUACCACUGGAGCUACAACCCCAGAGGAUGAGGCUACCACUGAACCAACAGAAGACACAACCACUGAAGCUGCCACAACUGUACCUGCUGAUGCCACAACCCCAACAGCGAACCCGACAUCCUUACCAGCGGAGUCCACAUCUCCAACUAUGAGUACAACUGCUUCAGCUACAACCACAAUAACUGGAGAAGCAACCAGCACAACCAUAGCAGCCUCCACAACUCCAGGACUUGAUGCCACCACAAGUGCCACCACCUCACCUUCAGUCACUGGUACCACAUCUCCUUCUGGUGCUACCACAACUGUACCAAGUGCUCCCUCUACUACUGAAUCUGGUACCCUGACUAACAGUGAAGCCACCACCCAGACUCCUGAUGCUACAAUGCCAGGGGAAGAGGCUACCACUGAACCAACAGAAGACACAACCACUGAAGCUGCCACAACUGCACCUGCUGAUGCCACAACCCCAACAGCUAACCCUACAUCCUCACCAGUGGAGUCCACAUCUCCAGCUGUGAGUACAACUGCUUCAGCUACAACCACAAUAACUGGAGAAGCAACCAGCACAACCAUAGCAGCCUCCACAACUCCAGGACUUGAUGCCACCACAAGUGCCACCACCUCACCUUCAGUCACUGGUACCACAUCUCCUUCUGGUGCUACCACGACUGUACCAAGUGCUCCCUCUACUACUGAAUCUGGUACCCUGACUAACAGUGAAGCCACCACCCAGACGCCUGAUGCUACAACGCCAGGGGAAGAAGCUACCACUGAACCAACAGAAGACACAACCACUGAAGCUGCCACAACUGCACCUGCUGAUGCCACAACCCCAACAGCUAACCCUACAUCCUCACCAGCAGAGUCCACAUCUCCAGCUGUGAGUACAACUGCUUCAGCUACAACCACAAUAACUGGAGAAGCAACCAGCACAACCAUAGCAGCCUCCACAACUCCAGGACUUGAUGCCACCACAAGUGCCACCACCUCACCUUCAGUCACUGGUACCACAUCUCCUUCUGAUGCCACCACAACUGUACCAAGUGCUCCCUCUACUACUGAAUCUGGUGUCCUGACCAACAGUGAAGCUACCACUCAGACUCCUGAUGCUACAACUCCGGGGGAUAAGACCACCACUGAGUCAGCAGAUAGAACCACUGCAGCUACCACCACUCCAGCUGAAGGUGCCACAACUGGUUCAGGUGACUCCACAACCUUAGAAGCCAGCACUACAUCUGUUGCUACUACUGCAACAGCUACAUCAUCUGCAUCCACAACUCCUAUAGCAGCUUCAGAUGCCACAGAUGCCACAACUACUGCUAGUAUGAGUAUAGCAGCCACCACUACCCCUGCUGAACCUGCUUUUUCAACCACUGAAGCUGCAUCUCCAGGGGAGGAGGGCACUACUGAAUCUUUAGAGACAGCUGCCACUACCACCCCAGAACCUGCAACAACUGCCCCCACUGAGGAGGUCACUGAUACCACAGCAGAUGAUACUACUGAUGCUGCCACGACUCCUUCUACACAAUCCACACAACCCCCUGAGGCUUCCACACUUGCAGGCUCAGCUGGAACCACCUCUGCUGUUGACAGCAGCACACAGCCACCAUCUGCUACUACGACUACAGCCAGUAUACCUACAACCAGCCUUACCAAUCCUUCCCCAUAAUGAAAGCAAUGCCGUGGUACAUCUCAAGCAUCUUGAUAACAGGUCAUAAUUUCCCUAAAUAUUAAACUUCUCAUCUUAAUUUUUACCAAUAUCGCCUCAAGAAUGGACUGCAGUCACACUUCAGAAAUGAGACCAUUCUAGAAAUUCUGCUUGUUUCACUCUCUCACUUCUUCUGUGUGUUCAUGUCUACUUCUCAGCUUUUGUUCAAUAAAUCAUUUUGAAAAUCAUCUGUUCCCUGCA